GAGAGGAAGGGAGAGGAGGGGGAGUGAAAACUAGAGGAGGGCGAAGGAAGCGAGGCGCGACACUGCUGGGGAGAGGAGGGCAGCGAGGAGCGCGGCUGGGGCAGAGGCAGCUCGGGCCGCGGAGAGGAGGGAGCGCAGCGCCGAGAGGAGGGGCUUGCGGCCCCGUAGAAAUGUCAAUCAGAGCCCCGAGCCCCGGGAAUCUCCGCCAAUCUGUUCCGACCUGACCUGGCUCCCCGCCGCCGCCGCCGCCGCCGCCGCCGCCGCCGAGCAGAUCAAUAGGUGAUCGCGGAGCGCAGCAGCCCGGGAGGCAGCGAGGCCCCAGCUCGGCCCAGCCCCCGAUGCCCACCGGAGCCCGCGGGCGGCGCUGAGCAGGGCGGCCCCGCAGGCUGGGCCCCCUCUCUGUCGGUGCCCCGCGGGCCACCAUGUCCUUCCCCCAGCUCGGAUACCAGUAUAUCCGCCCUCUCUACCCACCCGAGCGCCCGGGAGCGGCAGCGGGCGGCGGCAGUGCCGGGGCCCGGGGUGGACCGGGCGCCGGAGCCUCGGAGCUGGCGGCCUCCGGCUCCCUAUCCAACGUGCUCUCGUCGGUGUACGGGGCGCCCUACGCCGCGGCUGCCGCUGCGGCCGCCGCCGCACAGGGCUAUGGAGCCUUCCUGCCCUACGCCGCGGAGCUGCCCAUCUUCCCGCAACUGGGCGCCCAGUACGAGCUGAAGGACAGCCCUGGGGUGCAGCAUCCGGCCGCGGCCGCCGCGUUUCCGCACCCGCACCCCGCCUUCUACCCAUACGGUCAGUACCAGUUCGGGGAUCCGUCCCGUCCCAAGAACGCCACCCGAGAGAGCACCAGCACCCUCAAGGCCUGGCUCAACGAGCACCGCAAGAACCCCUACCCCACCAAGGGCGAGAAGAUCAUGCUGGCCAUCAUCACCAAGAUGACCCUCACCCAGGUGUCCACCUGGUUCGCCAACGCGCGCCGGCGCCUCAAGAAGGAGAACAAGAUGACGUGGGCGCCCCGCAGCCGCACCGACGAGGAGGGCAACGCUUACGGGAGUGAGAGGGAGGAAGAAGACGAAGAGGAAGACGAGGAAGAUGGCAAACGCGAGCUGGAGUUGGAGGAGGAGGAGCUCGGAGGGGAGGAGGAGGACACGGGGGGCGAGGGGCUGGCAGAGGACGACGAAGACGAGGAGAUCGAUUUGGAGAACUUGGACGGUGCGGCCGCUGGGGCUGAGCUGGCCCUGGCUGGGGCAGCACGUAGGGACGGCGACCUCGGUCUGAGACCCAUUUCGGACUCUAAAAAUAGCGACUCGGAAGACAGCUCUGAGAGUUUGGAGGAGCGGCCGCUGCCGAUCCUGAACCUGGCCCCAGCGCCACCCUCCGUGGCCUCCACCCCGCCAUCUCCAGCUUCGCCCCCCGCAGGCCUGGACCCCUGCGCUCCAGCACCAGCGCCCUCCUCCGCCCUGCAGAAGCCCAAGAUCUGGUCCUUGGCCGAGACGGCCACAAGCCCAGACAACCCUCGUCGCUCGCCUCCCGGAGCGGGAGGGUCUCCUCCCGGGGCAGCCGUCGCGCCCACGGCCCUGCAGCUCUCUCCGGCCGCGGCCGCUGCAGCCGCCGCGGCGCACAGACUCGUCUCGGCGCCGCUUGGCAAAUUCCCUUCUUGGACCAACCGGCCCUUCCCAGGCCCGCCGCCGGGCCCACGCCCGCACCCGCUCUCCCUGCUCGGCUCGGCCCCUCCGCACCUGCUGGGACUUCCCGGAGCCAGUAGUCACCCGGCCGCCGCGGCCGUCGCCGCCUACGCUCGGCCCGCAGAGCCAGAGGGCGGAACAGAUCGCUGUAGUGCCUUGGAAGUGGAGAAAAAGUUACUCAAAACAGCUUUCCAGCCGGUUCCCAGGCGGCCUCAAAACCACCUGGAUGCUGCUCUGGUCUUAUCAGCUCUCUCCUCGUCCUAGUUUUGUUUUGUUGUGGUUUUUUUUUUUUAAAGAAAACAAUUUUUAAAUCAUUGUAAUGAUUGUAAAAACAAACCACAGUGUAUAGUUACGAGUUUAAAGCAUGUCCGUGUAUGUAUGAAUACUUAAAAGAGAAAACUAAACAAACGAAAAAAAGAAAGA